GCGGAAGUCCUUGUUUGACCAACGUGCCGGUAGUACGGGUCAGCUGUUAUCUGGAAUAUUCUGACCAGCGAUAUCUGUGUCUACAAACUAACGCAUGUAAACUGUUUUAUACACCGAAGAAGUUUCAUUUAAAGCUGAAAAUGUCUCUUAUUUCCGAGGAAAAUGUUCGCGGAGGAGGCGGAGGCGUUUUUCGGGAUAUUAACGCGGAGGACGAAGACGGGCAGCCCACCGAGAUUGAAAGCCUGUGUAUGAACUGCUACCAGAACGGCACGACACGCAUGCUUCUGACUAAAAUACCGUUCUUUAGAGAAAUAAUCGUCAGCUCUUUCAGCUGCGCACACUGCGGCUGGUCGAACACUGAGAUCCAGUCCGCGGGCCGGAUCCAGGAUCAGGGAGUUUCUUACUCCCUGAAAGUCAAAACAAAGCAGGACUUGAACCGGGAGGUCGUGAAGGCGGACAGCGCAACCACCAGGAUCCCCGAGCUGGAUUUUGAAAUCCCUCCUUUUACCCAGAAGGGCUCCCUCUCAACCAUCGAGGGCCUUUUGGACCGGGCCGUCGCGGGUCUGGAGCAGGACCAGCCUGGCAGGCGGGCAGCGGACCCUGAAGUGGCACACAGGAUAGAUGAAUUCAUCCAGAAGCUGCAGAAGCUCAAAGACGUCGAGAACGAAUUCACGCUGGUGAUCGAAGAUCCAUCUGGGAACAGUUUUGUGGAGAACCCUGCGGCCCCUCAGAAGGAUGAGGCUCUCACGGUGACCCGGUUCAAGCGGACGGUCCAGCAGGACAAGCAGCUGGGGAUCCGAGCUGAUGAUGAUGACGCCAUCCAGGAUGAAGAGCCAGCAGGUAACGACCUGGACACCAUGAGGCACGAGGUGCUGGUGUUCCCCACAAACUGCCCGGAGUGCAACGCUCCAGCCUCCACCAACAUGAAGCUGGUCCAGAUCCCCCACUUCAAGGAGGUGGUCAUCAUGGCCACAAACUGCGACAGCUGCGGCCACCGAACCAACGAGGUGAAGUCGGGCGGAGCCACGGAGCAGCUGGGCACCAAGAUCACCCUGCACGUCACCGACCCUUCAGACAUGACCCGAGACCUGCUCAAGUCCGAGACGUGUGCCGUCCUCAUCCCUGAGCUGGAGUUCGAGCUGGGCAUGGCAGCUCUGGGCGGGAAGUUCACAACCCUGGAAGGCCUCCUGAAAGACAUCAAGGACCUGACCGUCUCCAAAAACCCCUUCGUCUGUGGGGACAGCAGCACCUCGGACCGGCUGCAGAAACUGAGCGAGUUCGGGGAGAAGCUCGACAAGAUCAUCGCGGGAGAACUGGACGUGCACGUCGUCCUGGACGAUCCUGCCGGGAACAGCUACAUGCAGAACGUCUACGCCCCCGAUCCAGACCCUGAGAUGACCGUGGAGAAGUACAGCCGCUCGUUCGAGCAGAACGAAGAGCUGGGCCUGAACGACAUGAAGACGGAGAACUACCAGGAGGACAACUGAACCAGAGAUUUGGACCCAGUGUUGUGUUGCUCCAUAUUUUUUACCAUUUUUUUUACAUUUCAAGUUAACGCUGGGGGAUUUGUUGCGUCAAAAAGCUUCAUCUUUAAGCACUAAAAUAUAUUUUGAGUUAAUGUAUUGCGAAACAUAGCAGCCAUCAAGGAAACCUUAUUUGUAUAUUAAU